AUGCCUUGGACCGAUCGUGUAGACAAAAUUAUGUCAUGGAUUAAAGACAAAAAUAAACCAGCCAAUUUAGUGUAUGCGUAUUUUGAAGAACCAGACCAUACUGCUCAUUUAAAAGGAUCCGACUCACAAGAGACAAAAAAUCAGAUUGUGAGAGCAGAUGCCACUCUAAAGUAUAUACUCGAUCAAAUAAAACAUGAAAAACUAGAAAACAAAAUAAAUCUCAUUAUUCUCAGCGAUCACGGGAUGGAUACAGUUACGUAUGAUCGAAUGAUUCACUUAGAUGAAUAUGUGUCCAAUACGACUUACCAAAGCGUUAUGUCAGGUCCUAAUGUGUUCAUACAUCCAAAUCCGAAUAAUUUGACGAAGUUUUCUAAAAAUCUUUCAAAAGUAGCCAAUACUUCCAGAACAUUUAAUGUAUUCAAACAAGAUCAAUUACCUGACCGUUGGCAUAUGAAAAAUAAUACUAGGUUGACCGAUGUUAUUUAUUUGUUGGCCAAACCUGAAUAUGCGUUUUGGGCUACAUACUUUGAAUAUAUUUUGAACGAAACAACCAAGGAGAAAUUCAAUGUAGGGGCGCACGGGUACGACAACGCGGAACCGAAGAUGCGAGCCAUCUUCAUGGCUUCCGGACCGGCGUUCAAGAAGAACUACACCGCUGUGCAGUUUGACAACGUGGACCUUUACCCACUGAUCAGCCGGAUCGCUGGCCUAAAAGAGCCGAACCGACAAAUUGACGGGACGAUGAAGGCCGUUGAACAGCUGCUGUCCGUCGGCGCCGCCCCCACGUCCACACCGCCCGUCUUAGGUAUAUUGUCAGCUUUGUUACUACACUCGAUCGCACGGAGUCUGUGA